CCCAGAACCAGUUAUUUCCAAAUUCCUACCUCGCUUCUUUCGAAAACCGACUGCUGCACUGGCAACCCUCUAAAACCUCUUUCCGGUAUACAUCAAGAAUCUAGCAAGUAAAAAAAAAAAAAAAAAAAAGAAACUCAAAAUUCCCCAAAAACGUUCAUCAUUAAUGGCGAAAGAUCAAUCACUCUCCGUUUCCGAAGCCGUACACAAGAUUCAACUCCAUCUGCUCGACGGAAUCCAAGACGAGAAACAACUAUUAGCCUCCGUUUCCUUAAUUUCUCGAAGCGAUUACGAGGAUGUCGUAACCGAGAGAUCGAUUUCCAACAUUUGCGGUUACCCUUUGUGCCGAAACCCCCUACCAUCGGAACCACUUCGAAAAGGCCGUUAUCGAAUCUCUUUAAAAGAACACAGAGUUUACGAUUUACUGGAAACUAACAUGUUUUGCUCCGCUGAUUGCCUAAUUAAUAGCCGAGCUUUCGCUUCGAUUUUGCAAGAAGAGAGGUGUUCGGUUUUGAAUCAUGCGAAACUUAAUGAGGUUUCGAGUUUGUUUGUAGACUUGAAUUUCGACGAUGAGGGUUUGGGGAAGAAUGGAGAUUUAGGGUUUUCGAAUUUAAGGAUUAAAGAGAAUGAGGAAAUAAAAACCGAAGAAGUUUCGUUGGUGGGUCCUUCCAAUGCUAUUGAGGGCUAUGUUCCACAACGAGAAUUGAUUUCUACGCCUUCACCUUCAAAAAAUAGCAAAAAUGAAGUGUUUGAUUCUAGUAGUUCCAAGCUGGGUAAUAGCAAAGGAUAUUUUUUUGUUAAUAAUGAGAUGGACUUUAGUAGUGCUAUAAUUAUGAACAAUGAAUAUACCAUUUCGAAGAAUCCGGGUAGUUUUAGACAGAGUCAAACAACGGAGUCGAGUAGUAUUAAUGACACGGACUUUACUAGUGAAAUAAUCAUGAAUGAUGAGUAUACUAUUUCGAAGAUGCCCUCAGAGUCGAGACAGAGUUGUUCUGGUUUGAAAUUGAAAGAAGUGGAAGGAAAAGGAAUUUGUAAAGACUUUGAGGAAAAAUGUGUGAUAUCAGGAUCCUCAUCUGCUUUGAGGGAAAAAGAUUCUUGCAUUGUAGAAUUGCCUUCAACUAAAAAUGUCUAUCAGAAUGGUUUGGACACAUGUAGUGCUGAAACAGAGAAGGAAAUCCAUGCUGCCAAGGCAGCGACAUCAAGUGAGACUGUGCUUAGAUCCUCUCUUAAAUCUGCAGGAGCAAAGAAACUUAAUCACUCUGUUACUUGGGCUGAUAGUAAGGAAGUUUACAAUGCUCGUAACGGCAAUCUUUGUGAAGUUAAAGAAAUGGAUACGCUGAAAGGAGAUUCUGAAAUAUGUGGCAGGGCAGAAGAUGGUAGUGAUGAUAAUAUGUUCCGAUUUGUAUCAGCAGAAGCUUGUGCUAUGGCAUUGAGCAAGGCACCAGAAGCCGUGGCAUAUAGAGAUUCUGAUGCCAGUGAUGCUGUUUCUGAAGCUGGGCUUGUCAUAUUGCCGUGUCCAAGUGAGGUGGACAAGGAGGAGCCUGUGAAGGAUGUUGAUAUGGUUGAACCAGAACCAGAAGCAGCCGCUGUAAACUGGCCAACAAAACCUGAGAUUCCACGUUCUGAUAUGUUUGACCAAGAGGACUCAUGGUUUGAUGCUCCAACAGAGGUUUUCAGUUUGACUGGGCGCCUGCUAGAUUCAAUGUCUUUUAUAGAAGCACUUCCAGGAUUCAGAAUGAAACAGUGGCAAGUAAUUGUUCUUCUGUUUAUUGAUGCUCUUUCUGUAUCCAGAAUACCUGCCCUCACUCCCCACAUGACGAAUGGCAGGAUGCUUCCUCACAAGGUCCUGGAUGGUGCCCAGAUAAGUAUGGAAGAAUACGAGGUUAUGAAGGAUCUCAUAAUACCACUUGGCCGAGCACCUCAUUUCUCGGCACAAAGUGGUGCUUGACGUUAGAUCUAAGUCAUUCCUCCAUCUCUUGCAGAUGGUAUUUGGAUAAUGUACGUAAGUCCCUUAUUUUUUAUCAAAAAUAUACCAAGGUGUACUGUUGACUUCCCAAAAUAUAAUUAGUUUGUUUUUGCCAGUGUGAUGGGAUCUGGUAUAGAGAUAUGCUAGUUGAAGGAUUGAAUUAUCUAGUAUUUUAUUUUUAAUUGUCUGCGUUUAAUUGUAAUUUUUACAUAUAUUUAGGCUAUUUUAGAUGAUUUAGAUUAUUUUAUAUUAGUAUAUUACUUAUUGUCCAAGUAGUAAGGCUUAAAGGUUAUAUACUUAUAUUUGGUAUACCUUUUUACUGGGGCUUAAGGUUUAGUUAUAAAUAUUCAUGUUAUUUUCAGUUUCUAGGAGGCUUGGAUUAUAGAUAUUAAGAUAUUGGUAUUUUGAUUUCAGAGAUUGAUAUUUUAGAUAUCUGAGUAUUUGGUUACUUACAUGUGAGGAUUUGGUUGAGAAUUCAGAUUAAUCCUUGACUAUUUUGGUUUGAGUUCACUUGUUCUUCAUCACUGUUGCUUUGAACUUGAUUUGAUUUUCUUCCCCACCCCACUACCACCAGCAUCACCAUAAAUAUAAUUUCAUAUGAGUAUGAUACAAAAUCUAGGAACUGAUUUCACACAAGCACAUUGUAUAGGAAUUGAGCUGAUUUAAUGUAUCUGCAGUGGCUUGGUUUCACGGGUUCUCCCGACUACUUGUGUUUUCUCCACCUAACCUUGUACUUUAUACUAUGACUGUUUUAUUGACAUUAAUGCUUAUAAUUUUUCAGCUGCAUAGGAGUAUUGUAUGUUAAUUAAGCUUAUUUGUAUAUGUUGGAGGUUGAAUCUUGGUUGCCUUGUUUCUUUUAAUAAACCAUUAGAGCCACGUGCUGUUGCAUAAUAGCACAAGUAAUUCUGAUUUCACUGUUCCUUCUUUUUCUGGUUUUGCUACCAUGCGAACAAAUUCAGCUGUAGUUUCAAGCUUAAACGAGAACUUUUACUGGGGUUUAGUUGGAUUCAAGUUUCGUUCAGGCUGCUGCUUGUUGAAACUUAAUCUAGUUUCGAUGCUAGUAAAGCAAAGAAAAACUAAUCAUUACGGGAAAAUUUGUUUCAAUAGAAUGCUAAUGCCACUUGCAAAUGUAGGUACAAUUCAACAGUUAUGGAAAUUUCACAUAAUAAACUUGAAAGAAGUAAUAAGCAAUGAAAACUGGAUUCUGAUACAGUUUGAAGCAUCUAAUUUUGAAAGUAAAUUGACAAUAAAUAAAAAGAUUCAGAUUCAAUUUGAAUAUGAGAUCACUUUUAACAAGACUUGUUAGGCGGAAACGGCACAAUGGAAUAUAAUUUGAAUUUCAUUUAGAUGUAAAGGAGACAUGUGGUCAAUGAAGAUGAAUAAAAGAUGUAAGUAUAUUUGGCAAAUAGUAGCAUGUAAAGGUUACAGUUAGUGAGCCUCACCUCAUCUAUUAUUACACUUGGCUCACCGGUCUGCGACGUUUCUGUUUCUUCAUGUACCAAAGCGCAUCAAACUAGUUUUCCUGUGGUUUUAAUUUACUCUUAUAACGGCUACAAAUAUGGCAGAGUUUCAAAGUUUUAAAACUAGUUAAACUAAGGGUCCUCAGCUAAAACCGCUUUAUCACUAAUCGAUGGCUCACAACAGCAAUGAAGUUGCAAAUUAAAUCCUCUUUGUAAUCGUGUGGUCUAUUCAUGGAUAACGAUUCCAUUUCAUAUAUAUGUAUAUGUAUAUACUUGUUCAUUAAAGAUAACAAAUCUUACAAUCAUUGUUCUUUGGUUCUUUUCUUUUCUUUGGUAACUUUUGUCAUUUCACAUGCUGUUUAUGGUUAAGUAUAACGGAUAAUAGGC